CCAAGAUUCACUUCUCUUUUAGCUUUACUUUACUUCCCUAUUGUGGUUUGGAAAUCAUGUAUUGUAAUUUUCCUUAAAUAUUUGUAAUUUUACCCGAAAUAACUUUGUGCUGAUUUAGGUGAGAAGAUGACCUGUAUUAGUGCACGCCUAUAUGACGUCUGUAUGAUUUGUAAUAACCAUUUCAAAGGUAUAAAACCUCUGUCAAAAUGUACCUAAAAUCAGAUCAGUUAGGUGCAAAUCUACUGGUCUCUUGGAUGCAUCCAAUAAACCUUUCUUUUCUGGACAAAGGCAAUUGUCUCCUAUUCUUACGUAAGUAGAAAGGCAGACCCUGUUUUUGCCAUUACAUUUCUUGGCGAGCCAGCCAGGAGACGAUAGGGUCUUUGGGGACCCUCUGGGACCCCUAACCCGGGGGGCUGGGGGCUCAUCGGGUCAGGAACCUCUCUGGCGCCAAACGGACCUUUUGUUCCGAGGGAAUUUCCCGACAGCGAGGAGAACCCAGCCUCGGCGGUUAGCAGGUCUCAAGAGCCUUGGAGAACCAGAGGAGAAAGGAGGAACGAGACUGGCCAGCACCGGAGGAGGAAAGCCACAGAAAACAGGCAAGUAAUUGUGGGCUUUCUAUUUAAGACCCGGUUUUUCUUUUUAAACCGGAGAGUGAGGUCUGAUCCACCUUGCUAGGUAUAAAGGUUUUGGGAAUUGGACUGUCCAGAAUAUAUGUAUGUAUUUAAAAGGUUAAAGUGUUAAGAAUUGUGUUAUUCAGUAUUUGGAAAAUUAUGGGUGGAGGAAGUAGUAGUCAGACUCCUCUGGAUUCUAUGUUAAAGCAUUUUAAAGAAGGAUUUAUGAGUCAGGAUUAUGGAAUUGUGUGGAGUAAACAUGAGCUUAGGAGGUUUUGUGAAUUAGAAUGGCCCAGAUAUGACAUUGGGUGGCCUGAAAUAGGUACCUUUGAUCCUCACUUAGUUUUAAAAGUCCAUAGGUUGGUGUUUGAUCCUAAGAUAGGGAGCUUAGCUCAGGCUCCAUAUAUAGAUGUUUGGAAGAAAUUGGUUAAUCAACCCCCAGCUUGGUUAAAGAAAUGUAAACAACAAUGUAUUCUUAUGGCUGUCAGAGUUACAGACCCCAAAAGUCCUAAGCAGAGACCACCAGUCUUGGCUAGUGCACCAGAAGAAUUGCCACAACCCCCUCCAUAUGUUGCACCUAGAGGGGUCAAUUUGCCAGUCACACCGCAAUCCUUGUCCCUGACUUAUACCAGAAGAACUACACCCAGCACGGGGGGGUCCACAAGCCAGUUACCUAUUGAAGGAAUUGAGCAGGGAUUAGAUGCUGUCCUUACUAGCAUGGAACAGAUAAGAUAUAAAGGAGAGAAAGAAGAAAAAGCUCCUAUAAGUUCCCCCGACACCAUGGGACCAGAGUUUUGGGAAAAGAAGGAGGAAGAGAUGGACCAAUUGUUGGGAGCUGUGGGUGGAGAAGUGGAACCAGUGUCAGCCAGAACCAGAGCAAAGACAGAGACUGUUUUUACAGCACCUCUCAGACGAGUUGACCAAUUCUUAGUAAACCCAGAUGACCCCUCCCAAGUUUCAACAGGGUCGUUGUUUCAGCAUGUUCCUUUUACCACCUCUGAUUUGCUUAAUUGGAAAAUGCACUAUGGGCCUUAUAGUGCUAAACCAAAUGAAGUGGCAGAAUUGGUAAAAACUAUUGUGGAUACUCAUCAUCCAACUUGGCUAGAUUUACAACAACUUAUGGCAACACUUUUCAAUGCUGAAGAAAGGGAGAAAAUCAGGAAUGCAGUGUCUAAUAUUUUAAAACCAGAUGUCCCAGCACGUACCACCUUAGCAGACUUUAUUGAACAGCGUUUCCCCUCAAAAGAUCCUAACUGGAGUCCUUAUGAUUCGCAUCAAUUGAACUUGUUGCUCAAUUAUCAACAGUUGAUCAUAAAAGCUGUGCGCAUGGCAGGAAAGCCUGCAACAAACAUGUCGAAGCCAAGUUUAAUAACCCAGGAAGCUACUGAAAGUCCAGAGGCUUUUUAUUCUAGGCUGGUUGAAGCAUAUCAGAUGUAUACACCUAUCGACCCCACCCUUCCUGAAAAUGCUCGCAUGCUAGCAAUGGCUUUUAUUUCACAAUCAGCUCCAGACAUAAGGCAUAAGCUUCAAAAGUUGGAAGGAGCGUUGGGAAAACCCCUUAGUGAACUCAUGGAAGUUGCCAGGAAGACAUUUGUCAACAGGGAUUUGUUGGAGGAGAGGAAAAAAGAUAAGCAGAUGAAGAAAAAAGCAGAAUUGCUAGCCACCGCUUUAAUGACUGUGCCGGGGGGACAUAGAGGAAGUAGGGAGAGAACUAUAGUCCCCUCAUUAGGUCAAAAUCAGUGUGCCAUUUGUCACAGGUAUGGGCACUGGAAAAGAGAUUGUCCCAGAAGAGAAGGAAUUGAGAGAAGGGAGAUUGAACAGCCAAGAGUAACUAGAAAUCCUACCCCUUUGCCAAGAAAUUUCUCUCUUAGCCGACCCAACACCUUCAGGGGACGUGGAACAAUCAGGAAGCCCAUUAACAGCCUGCGAAAGGGAGAGGCAAAGAGAUUUUCCCCCAACACUCCUUUGAUUGGUUUGGCAGAAGCUGAGGAGUGGGAUUGACGGGGCAGUGUAGGUUCAAUUAGCCUCCCCGAACCUAUGGUCUGUCUGAAUGUGGGGGGCAAAGAAGUUUCUUUCCUUGUAGAUACAGGAGCAACCCGUUCAGUAUUAACUCAACCUUUGGGACAUAUUUCUUCUCAAUCUAUCAACAUUCAAGGGGCAACAGGAAAACCACAAACCCAGCCACUUUUAGAGCCUCUAUUAUGCACAACGGGAGGA